CGAGUCCCCUCAUCCAGACGCUCAUCUUCAGCUUCACUUAAUACAUGGAGACAAUACAGACCAAACUGUUGGAGGAGACACCGGAGCUUCACGAACAAGAGAAAGGAUGGUCUAUAGCACGGCAUUGCCUUUUGGACACCGGGUGCCCGUGUUUUCGGAGGAAGAGAGCCUCGUAGAGAUGAUCGGUAAAUACUUCCUGCAGCUGGCGUCUCCGGGCAGGAGGAUGAAGUCAGCCCGGCGGGGCAGUGUGGAGAGCUGCGAGGAGAGGGACUGCAACUCAGCCUAUUCUACCUUGGAUGCUGGAGUAGAGGAUGAACAGCGGCUCCUUCAUCAGGACGUGACCCGGCAGCUGGAGCGUUGCCUCACAGAGGCCAAAGCAUCCACCCUCCACUGCCAGAUGUUGCUGCUGCCCCGUCACCUGACCACCAGGGUGGUGGACCACAUCCUGCGCUCCUCCACCGAGGAGCCCUGCGGCCUCCGGGGCGCCUCCAUCAAACUCUACAUCGAGGGUAAAAAAGACGGGCUGAAGUCUGUGGGGAGCAUCUUCCCUGACCCGGCCGUCACCCCGACCUUCGAGCUGUCUGUGGUCUUCAAGGCGGACCAGGGCGACGGCUGGCCGCCGCUCAAGCACCUGUUUGACACCAGCAAGGUGCUGAAGCUGAGAGCAGAGUACCGGCUGGUGAAGAGGAAGCUCUACUCCUCCGCCAGUCCGGUUGUUCAUGACAUUAGCUAUUUGUAAUGUGAAAACUGCAGACCCGGUCCGUUCUUCCUGUCUUAAAUGUGGGCACAAGUAGCAUACACUGGACUUUUUCAUGUACACAAAUGUCACUUUGAGCAAGUCUUUAAGUGCAUCUUUAAAAAGUGUUUUAUGUAUUUUACAAGAUGAAUUGCAAGUCUUAUAGUUUAAAACUGUUCAGUUCUUCUCAGUAUUGGGCUGGUCUCAUUUCUGAAGUGUUCCAUUUUUAUUUAUGAAACUGAAAUAAAUCUAUUUUAAUACA